UUUUAUUGUUUUGUUUUGUUUUGUUUUGUUGGCUUUGUGUAAACCCUACAUAUAUAUAUGUACGUCGUGUCACCAUCUGCUACAGCGUUUAGUUUCCAUAUUCGUCUUCCUUCACAUUUUCACGAUUCAGUUUAUCCAUCGUAUCGAGCUCAUCUCGAAGUAGCGAAAGGAUGCAAGCUUGUUGUGGAGGUACUUCAAUGGGGUCUCUUCAGCAACCUGUAAGGGUUCAAGGACCUGUCUUUGCCCCAGUAAUCUCCCCUGUUACCAAAUUCUCUCAGCAACUGAAGCUCAGUUUCCCUAGACCUUGCCCUUCUUUGUUUCUGAGAAAAAGCUUGGUCUUUGAAAGGAGAGCCUCUUCAGUCUCUGUACCUGAUGUGGAGACUACCAGCAACGAGAUCCCAUUCGAGGACUAUGGUCGUCGUGAAGUGGAUCCAGAGGUCGAUGAGAUUAUCACCAAGGAGAAAAACAGACAGUUCAGGAGCUUGGAGCUUAUUGCAUCCGAGAAUUUCACUUCUCGAGCUGUUAUGGAGACGGUUGGAUCAUGCCUUACCAACAAGUAUUCCGAGGGCCUUCCUGGUAAAAGGUAUUAUGGUGGCAAUGAGUUCAUCGAUCAGUUGGAAACGCUUUGCCAGAACCGUGCUUUAGCAACCUUCCGCUUAGAUUCCACCAAAUGGGGGGUUAAUGUUCAGCCCUUGUCUGGUUCACCUGCAAACUUUGCUGUCUACACCGCCAUUCUUAAGCCUCAUGAUCGGAUCAUGGGUUUGGAUUUACCUCAUGGUGGACAUCUAUCACAUGGCUUCAUGACUGCCAAAAGACGUGUUUCUGGAACUUCAAUAUACUUUGAGUCCAUGCCUUAUCGACUUGAUGAAUCAACAGGCAUUGUGGACUAUGAUAUGCUCGAGAAAACUGCUCUACUCUUCCGACCAAAGCUUAUCAUUGCAGGAGCUAGUGCGUACAGCCGAGAUUUCGACUAUCCUCGCAUGAGAAAGAUUGCAGACUCAGUUGGUGCUUUCCUGAUGAUGGAUAUGGCUCACAUCAGUGGGCUUGUGGCUGCUUCUGUGCUAGCUGAUCCUUUUGAGUAUUGUGAUAUUGUUACAACAACCACUCACAAGUCUUUGAGAGGUCCGAGAGGUGGCAUGAUCUUCUUCAAGAAGGAUCCAGUUAAUGGGGUUGAACUUGAAUCUGCCAUUAACAAUGCUGUCUUCCCUGGUUUGCAGGGUGGCCCUCAUAACCACACAAUUGGAGGAUUAGCAGUCUGCUUGAAACAUGCACAGUCGCCAGAGUUCAAGGCUUACCAGAAAAGAGUUGUGGCUAAUUGUAGGUCUCUAGCUAACCGAUUGGUUGAACUCGGGUUUAAGCUGGUUUCUGGUGGCAGCGAUAAUCACUUGGUGCUCGUUGAUCUUAGACCAUUGGGCAUGGAUGGUGCAAGGGUUGAGAAAAUCUUAGACAUGGCAUCUAUUACACUCAACAAGAACUCUGUCCCUGGGGACAAAAGUGCGUUGGUUCCAGGGGGAAUAAGGAUAGGAACACCUGCAAUGACGACAAGAGGAUUGUCAGAGAAGGACUUUGUGGUGGUUGCUGACUUGAUCAAGGAAGGAGUGGAGAUAACGAUGGAAGCAAAGAAGCUAGUUUCGGGAACAAAGCUUGGAGAAUUCACCAAGUUGGUGACAUCUCCUGAGUUCCCAUUGAGAGAGAGAGUGGAGAGCCUCAAGGAUAGAGUCGAAUCCUUCACCUCCCGUUUCCCCAUUCCUGGAGUUUGAAAUGAUUGAAAACAAAACACAGUCGGCGUCUUGUUGUACCUUUUAUUACCUAUCAUUAACCUUUAUCUUCUAGGGUUUAAUUAGCUCCUUUAGCUUGCCUGUGUCCCAAGUUUCCUUUUUUUCUUCAAAAAUUUAAACUUAUUAGAGUAAAUUUUGCGUUUGAAUCUUGUGGAUAUCCUCCUUCGGUUACACUAUGGGAGGUUUGUACUCUCCACCACUAUAUGAGAUUUCAUUUCCCAAGA